AUGAGCAACCUCAAAUCCAGCGGCACCGAACACGCGCAGAACAAGUACCUCAGCAACAACGAGCCCCCGCGGCCCUCUCCAGCGACGCCCGCCAUCCCCGCUGCAGCCCCGCCAAAGGGCGUGCAAGCCGUCAAGGACCUCGCCGCGCGCAAUGGCGAGCUGAAGCCUCCGCCUGUGCCCGCCGGCCAAACCCCCGCGCCGAGCAGCCAGGCCGCCCUCAAGGACGGCGUCGGCGUCCCCUUGAGCGACACACCUGCGCCGUCACAGGCCCCGAGUCCACGAGAGUAUGUCACGACACAUCACGCACCGCCACUGCCAACUAAUGGACUCAGCAACCUGACCCGCAACAAUUCGGGCGCCAACACCCCGCGAUUACGGCCCACCACGCUCGACAUCCCCGGCCUCACCAAGUCCAAGGUCUCGCCCGACGGCAAGAUUGCGCAGCGCGAUGUCGGCUCCAAGCUCGUCAUCGUCAUGGUCGGCCUGCCAGCGCGCGGCAAGUCGUACAUCACCAAGAAGAUGGCGCGCUACCUCAACUGGCUGCAGCACGACACCAAGAUCUUCAACGUCGGCGAGAAGCGCAGAGUCGCGGCGAGCUCGAGCGGCUUCCGCCUGUCGCAAGCAAGCCUCGAGAGGGUCUCGUCCAGCGUCAGGGAGGCGCUGGAGCAGCACAAAGACAGCCCCGCGCAAAUUGCUGCGAAAAUUCUUAUCAACGGCGAUGCGGGAUCGCUGGACCCACAGAAUCUGCCAGACCCACUCCAUGACGACGAUAGCUCAGCCGUUGAGGAUCCACCCCGCGUCGAGGUCACAUCGCCAGAACCAGCGACGGGCGACGAGCAGAAUGGACAAGGGCGCAUGGAUCAGUCGGCGGAUUUUUUCGACCCGCAGAACACGCGUGCGGCGCAGUUGCGCGAGCAAUGUGCCAUGGAGACGCUCGACGACCUGCUGGACUACAUACUGAAUGGCAGUGGCUCAGUGGGCAUAUUCGAUGCCACAAACAGCACGUCUGGCGCGGAGGAAGCUGAUCAUGGACCGCGCCCUGAACUCAACGUCUUGUUCGUCGAGAGCUUGUGUACCGACCAGAACCUGCUCGAGUCCAACAUGCGCCUGAAGCUGUCAGGGCCCGACUACCAAGACAAAGACCCCCAUGCCGCGCUGGCCGACUUCAAGAAGCGCGUUGCCAUCUACGAGAAGAACUACGUGCCGAUCGGCGACUACGAAGAGGACAACAACAUGCCCUACGUCAAGAUGGUCGACGUAGGCAGGAAGAUGGUCUCGCACCAGAUCAAAGGCUUCCUUGCUGGCCAAGCCGUCUACUACCUCCUCAACUUCAACCUCGCCCCGCGCAUGAUCUGGAUCACCCGUCACGGCGAAUCCACCGACAACGUCGCGGGCCGCAUCGGCGGCGACUCUUCCCUCAGCGCCAACGGCCAAAAAUACGCCCAAGCAAUGGCCCGCUUCGUCGACCGCCAGCGCAAAGACUGGGCCAUCCGCCAAGCCGACAAAAUGCACAACUUCUGUGUCUGGACCAGCAUGCUGAAACGCAGCAUCCAGUCCGCCCAGCACUUCUGCGACGAGGAGUACGAGGUCAAGCAGAUGCGCAUGCUCGACGAGCUCAACGCAGGCAUCAUGGAGGGCCUCACAUAUGACGAGAUCCGCACCAAAUACGCAGAAGAAUACCUGCGUCGCCGCCGCGAUAAACUCGCAUACCGCUACCCCGGCCCCGGCGGCGAGGGCUACCUCGAUGUCAUCAACCGCAUACGCCCCGUCAUCGUCGAACUCGAGCGCAUGACGGAUCACUGCUUGUUGAUCACGCAUCGCAGCGUGGCGCGCGUGCUGCUGGCGUAUUUCCAGGGCUUGAAGAGGGAGGAUGUCGCGGAUUUGGAUUGUCCCCUGGGCAUGCUGUAUCAGCUUGAGCCCAAGCCGUAUGGCGUCGAGUUCAAGGCGUGGAGGUACAAUCCGGAAACGGAAGACUUUGAUCAUUUGCCGGAUUACAAACUUCGGCGGACGACGGUGCCGCCGGGGCAGUUGGGAUUUGGCUGA